AAAAGUUUGACACUUCUUCAUCAACGCCAGGUAACCCUUCUUCAAUUCUCCCUCUUUUCUUUCUCUUCUUUCGCUUCUUCCAUUUGCAUACACCCUUUUUAGCCCUUUUCUGUAUACGUAAUCCAGUAUUAGGUCUAUUCGUUGUUUCUCAAAUGUAAUUAGACUUACAUAUAAUAUAAUAGCUGUAAAAGGUCAUUAGCUAUCAAAAACCAUGUGGGGUUUAAGCUAUUUGCAAAAUCUGUGGCCUUUUUCUGUAAUAAAACCUGAUGAUUUGAGAAUUUCAGAAGGGUUAGUUAGGAAAUUAUCAGUACCCGAAAACACAAAGCAGUUUGUUUACGCGAUUCGUGAACCCGAAUCACAGGCUGUAAUAUACGUAUUGUGUGUUCAGAAUUUAUCUGAACGAUCUGCUGUAGAUGCCCAGUGUUUAAUUAGAGAAGUAAAGCCUGAUGCUGUAGUUGUCCAAGUGGGUAAUUCUGUAGAUGGUGAUCAAAAAGAGGAACUUUUGUUGAGUAAUAGUGGUAAUUUCGAGGAGGAGGAGGAGGAGGAUUCGGUACCGACUUCGUCAAUUGAGGUGUUGAAGAGGUGCUUUGUGCAUAAAAUUAAUAAGGAGAAGUAUGAGAAUGUUGCGGGGCGGGUUGUUUUGAGGGAGAUAUUUGGAGUUGGGUUUGAUGGGCAUUUGUCUGCUGCUAAGAAAGCAGCUGAAGAAGUUGGUUCGUCUUUCUUGUUGCUCGAGUCACCUUUUGUUAAACGCAGCCCGUCUAAUGAGUGUUCUAGUGUGGGGGAUGAGGGGUACGAGAAUAGGUUUGGAGUGUUUGGUUUAGAGGCUGGUAAUAGUCUGGUUCCUCUAAAAACGGGAUUAUUGGUGUCAGCAAAUUCGCGUGCAUUUUGUGUUACAAAUGAUAUUCAGUCUCAGAUGGUGAGGUUGUUGUCGUCGCAUUUGGUCAAUUCAGGUUCCUUGCAAAAGAUGGGGUCUGAGGAUGUUCCGCUGCAGUUGAAUUAUCAAGUACCACAGUUUGCACAGACUGUUUAUCCAUUGCUCUCUGAUCUACAUGAUAUUUUUGUUGAUAUUCCCUCAAUCGGAAGAGCUCUAGCUUGUGCUCAGAAGAUGUUUAAUGAUGUUUGCAAUGGAAAUGCUGUUGAUACAAAUCUCCUUUCUGAGGUUUAUGUCUUCAAGAUUGCAGUCGAAGGAUUGAGAAUAGCUUUGAAUAAUGCUGGUCGGCUGCCUCUUAGUAAAAUCGGAUAUCAUACAACUGAAUUUUCUGAGCUUUCUGUUGAGGACAAGUCGCACGCCCUUCUUGCACAGGCCCUCCGAAGCCAGGCCGUGAAGUUCAAAUCAAUAGUUGCAGUAGUAGAUGCCAGUGGCUUAGCUGGACUAAGGAAGCACUGGAAAAUUAAUAUACCUGAAGAAGUUAAGGACAUUGUUGAGCAGCUGGUCACUGACUCUGAGAGCGACGGGGACAACUCGAGCCGAAGUGACAGAAAAGGGUUACUAGCUGUUAAGCCAGUGGUAGCUGUUGGGGCUGGGGCCACAGCAGUUUUAGGAGCUUCUUCGUUUUCUAAAGUUGUUCCUGCAUCUACGAUAGUGAAGGUUGUUACCUUCAAAGUCCCUGCUUCUCUAAAACUCAUCAUGACUCAAACUCAAAAGGCCCUUGCUCUUGCAUUUGGGAAGUCAAACGUAGUAGCCCCUGGAAUGGCAAGUUCUGGUGUCAAAUCAUCUGUCUUUAAGGCAACUGCUUCAGCAGAGAAAAUCCGUGCUGUGGCUCACGGAGUUAUAGCCUCUGCAGAGAAAACUAGCCUCUCAGCCAUGAGAACGGCAUUCUACGAAAUUAUGAGGAAACGCCGAGUACGACCAGUUGGCUUUCUGCCUUGGGCUACCUUUGGAUGCAGUAUAGCCACUUGUGCAAGCUUGCUUGUUUAUGGAGAUGGAAUAGAAUGUGCUGCUGAAUCUCUUCCAUCAGCUCCUUCAAUUGCCAGUUUGGGUCGUGGAAUCCAAAGUUUACAUCAAGCUUCUGUGGCAGUGAAACAAACAGAAAACUCCAGAAUACAAAAGUCAAUGGAGUCUCUUGUGUACAGAUUUAAGAAGAUAAGUAUCUCAUAAAGUGUUCAAUUAAUAAAAUGGUUGAAGUUUGGAGGAUUUUUCAACAUGUUGAUUGCAGUACUUGGAUUUCUAUCAAAAGCUAGUCUAACAACUUUUAUAAUGCGAUCAAAUUUAACAAAUUCUGUAACAUUAUUAAUGCAUUAAUCUAUGAUGAAUUCUGAAAUCAUUAGUUGAUUUACUAUUAAGUUCCUCUUUUCUUGUUCUGAAUUCGAAUUGCUGCCUAAGUAGAAUAUUUUUUACCAAGUAAUUCUUUACUGUAUCAUCUAUCAGAAAGCUUUUAAAAUCUCUAAGGAAUUCUUUAACCAAGUUUUCAAGGUGAGGCCUCUGUUAAAGGGUACUUAGGAUCCUAAAGGAUUGCACAAGGCUAUUGUGUUAAGUUGGGAAAUAUGCGAGUGAGCUAGACUCCCUGCUGUCGUCGUUCAGUUAUGGAGGGUGCUGAAUGUGGACUCAGGCAAGAACCAAAGUGAAAGAAUGAAAUGACAGAGGAUAACAAUAAAAAAAGAAUGAAACAACAGUGGAGGACCAAGCAAUGGAUUGAAGACCAAUGGAUUUAUAAAAAUCAGAAACAGUUCUUAAAGCCUAAAAGUCUGAUCGAAAAAGAAUCCCUAAAUAAGGAGGACAUAAAUUAGUGGAAGACAUUCUACACCUGGCUCUGGUUGCAUUAAUCCCUCCAGCUAAGAGGAAAUUUAUCCCUUUAGUUUUUUCCAUGAUUAAUUGGAUGGCCAUUGGACUGUCAAGCUUGUCCAAUCUUUCUUUUUCUGUUUCCGCGAAAGCAAAACUUCUGGAAUCUUAUAGGUUUUCAAUGUUAAUAAUGAAGCCAUACACUUUGAAGUUGGAGAAAAUACCAGCUUCUCAGUAAGGCUGUCAUGGCAUACUACAUCCAUAGCGUGAACCUUCACAGCCUUCUUCCUUUUGUAAAUUCUUUCUGAGGUUCACACUCUUAGUCUCAGAUCAUGGGCAAUCCGAUGGACAAAGCAUCCCGCAUUCACGCAAGAUCCGGGGAAAGGCCGCACCCCAAUGAUGUAGACAGUCUACCCUAAUGCAAGCAUUAGUGGCUGCUUCCAUGGCUUGAACCCGUGACCUAUAGGUCGCACGGAGACAACUUUAUCGUUGCUCCAAGGCUCCUGUUUAAAUCAUGGAUCAUGAGUAUAUUUUAUCUUUAGGUUGACAGAAACACUAGAAACACAUAAGCUAGAGAAGUGCUGGAAAUGCACCAACGGUCUUCUGUGGACUAUCUUGUGGGAUCAUUUAAUCAACUUUACAGCUUGGAGUCUCUCCUUGGAUAACUAUAGAGUACUUUUGUUCUCUGAUACACCAAAUGUAAUGACCUAAAGCGAUCCUGACAUCAUUGACUGCUGAAGCCCAUUCCUGGGGAUUGAAUAGCAUUUUGGAAUAUUCUAGCUGCGUCAUACAUAAAGUUUCCCUUUUACUGAAGAAGAGGUUAACAAAAUUUUCUCCUCCAGUAUUAUAUUCUCUAUAGAAUAUCUAGCAAAGACAUAUUCUCAUAAUCCUGGAAUGACUUCAUCAAGCUGCUUCCUCAUUAUUGCUGGAAAACUCAAUCUAAGAGCUGGUGACGUGGUUCCUGCUCUUUAUCAUGGAAACUUAUGUGCUGUUUUGAUCAAAGAUAAAUCAAUGUUGCAUGAUUGAAGGCCAAAUUGCUUUUAGCUCCUGGAAGUAUCUUGAUACAUUACUUGUCAAAAAUUAUUGCUGUCUUCAUUGUCGUUUUUAAUUGUAUGGUUGUUCAAUAAGUUUGAUCACCUCUAUUUUUCCUUUAUUUAGUUUGCCAACUUGUAGGAGAGGCAUUGGCUGCCUAAUGCAAUUCAUGUAACAGCGGCAGUUGGACAUUUAACUUGAACUAAUAGACCUUCUUAGCGAGGCCUGCUCAUGAAGGCUGUAUGUUUCUUCAGAAAGUAUAUCAUUUAUUACCUAUUACUAAUAGUUCGCGGCGAGAAAUUUCGUAAUGAAUCAUAGCUGAGUUUCAAUGCUGAAAAACUACUUAUUUGAUUUAUGAACAUCAUAAUGUUUUCUUCUUUGGGAGAACAAUGGUAGUAUUUGAGCCAACUCGCGAGGAUAGGUACCGGGUAACUUGGCUCACAAAGCUUAGGUAGAUGAGAAGGAAUCACAUAGUUUCUUUUUUCUUUCUUUUCUUGUGCUGAUAUUCAAAUCCUGUUCUCGAUGUUCUUCAUUCAGUUUCAUGGACCGAUGAACUAUGUCCUUGGGUCAUAUUAUUUUGAAAAGUUUACGAUUAUCAAUUGUGAUGAUUUAAUUGUUCAUACUAGUGGUGCUUGCUGCUUGUCCGUUUUAGGACAUCUUAAAUUUUUUUCAGGUGUCAGCAGCAAACAAGUAUUAAUAUCUUAGGCAUCACAAAAUGAAAAUGAUUUGCCCAAAAGUUUAUAUACUGAUUGAUUUACCUAUGGAUUAGGAACAUUUUGGUGGCGCUGACGGACUCUGGAACCUUUUCUAAAUGCAAAUUUUAAUGGAGUUGUAAUUUGUAGUUUAAAGUGUUAAGAAAUUUUGUAAAUCUAUUGUCGAUUUGCAUUAGAAUCGACGCCACAUGAUGUAUACAGUUCUUUCCGUCAUUGUGCAUCAGUAUUAUUGCAAUCUUAUACACUUAAGAUACCUUCUCGUCUUCCACCUACCAAACCUAUGAAUUGUAACAUGUACCUGUAUUGCAGAUUUUUUAGCUUACCUGGGAUUAGUAAUCAGUUAAUCACUGCAUGAAUUGAAGGUCUUUGUCUGGUAAACAAGAGAACUAUGUGAAGCUAAUCCUUGAGAAAGCGCACUCGAACUCGGUAGAUUGCUUCUGGAGGGUUCAUGUCUAGCACACGUUGUACCGGAGCUCCAGUUGGAAAAUAUGAGUUUACACCUAUUCAGUUCAGCAUGGUCGUUGAUCAUCUGGGAUUUCUCGGAUGCUGAGAAAGCACAACAAAAGUACUAGAGCUGCCGAUCUGUUAUUUUGCUCGUUGCGGAUGAUAUGUUAAGUUUGCCUGUCAAGGGAUUCCAUGUAAGAGUGACAUCCCUCCUUGUUCGACCAAUAAAGAGAAGUUCUGUUGAACAGAAACCAGCUUGUAUAUUGGAUUUUAAGUGGCCAGUAGUCACCCUUAAGUCUGAUUUUGUCAGAACUGUUGUUCCUCCCCCUCUUUGACCUUCACACUAUAUCUUGUAAUCAAGUGGAAGUGGGAGGAUGAUUGUUAAUUUAUUUUGAAGUAUUAUUCAUUCUCUUUAA